AACAAAAGAGGAAUGUCAAUGGGUAAAAUUGAUGGGAACUGCAGCCAGGCAGGUUAUAGCGAGUAAUUGGGAAAAAUGCAGAGGAGCUAGGGGUGAACCAACGGAGGAAAAAAUUGAAUAAUAUUGUAAUUUUAGAAUAUCUAACUGUGAAGAUACACUGAAUGAAAGGGUUUAAGGUCAGCGAGAAAGAGGAGGAUCAAUUUUGGAAUUAUUUGGGUUGUGAGAAGAUCAUCCCGCCUUUUCUCUCUCUCUCUCCCUCUCUCUGUUCUUCCUGCUGGAAAGUUGGGGGAUGGCGUCCCUUUUCGGGGACCCUCCCAACCCUAAGCCGGCCCCUGCCAAGCCUCUCACAGACCUGGAUUUCCGUUCCGGGGCACGCAUCGAAGAGAUCAACCAGCUCAUCCAAGAAUACGAGGCCAGGGACCCAGGCGUCCGGGACGCCCCGGAACUGCACCGUGCAAAGGAUAAGGUUUUCUCCCUGCUGGGUCAGGUCCAGAAAUCCGAGGGGAAACUUCCUCCCAUCAACCGCUACUUGAUUCUGUCCGGCGGAGCCCAGCGGGGCACCGUCCACACUGAUCCUGGCACCCUUCACCCUCUUUCCGCCGGGGGCGACUAUGACGCCGAUUUCACCCUCCUGGUGCCCGUUCUGAGCGCCGCCGGGGUCCCCGUCACCUUGGACAUGAAGCAGAGCCCCCCGGGCCACGCACAGAUCAGCCUCCAGCCCUUUGGCCCCGAGACGCUGAACUGCUGGUCGGACUGUUGCUCGGGCGACGAGGCCCACCUGUCGGCCGAGCUGGUUUGCGAGUGGCUCUCGCACUCCUUCCCCACCGACGAGGACAUACGGGUCGAGCGGCGCGGCUCCGUCACCUCCCUAAUCGUCCGCGUCGGGCUUCGCCGCGUCCUCUACGACAUCCUCCCGGUUGUGGCCUUCAAGGGCUGGCCGGAAGUUGCCCAGUCGUGGCUGGCACAAGCCCAUUUCUGGGACGGCAAAAUGACGGACGAAGAAGCGGCCGGCAGCUUUUACCUCAUACCGUCCGCGUCCUUCGGUGCCUGGCGCCUGGCCUUUUCGGCCAGCGAGCUGCACCUCCGCCGGAUCCUGCCCCCGCCCCUUCUCCGCGCCCUCCGGGCCGCCAUGGCCAUGCUGGGCUGCGACCUGCGCGGAGGCCUAGGGCCCUACCACCUCUUCACCUUGGCGCUGUGGUCGUGCGAGCGGCUGCCGUCCAGCUACCUCGGCCGGGACGAGAACGCGGCGCAUGCCUUGCUGGGCCUCUUGGACGACCUCUCCGCCGGCUUGGCGCACCGGCGCCUCCCCAGCUACUUCCUGCCGCAGUGGAACCUUCUGGAAGGGCUCGCUCGGCCGGCUCUUGAGGGCCUGGCCCGGGAGGUCGCCUGGGUGAGGGCUGACCCGUGUCGGUUCCUCCGGCGAGCCGUGGAGGGCGCCAAGGAAGCCAAGCGGUUGGCCAAGGCCUUCAGGGAGCAGAGUGCGUCCCCCGCGGCGCCGUGAUUCCGUCCACAGA